AUGGGCAAGGGCGGCGGCUGCGUCCCCAGCAAGAAGCGCCAGCCGCCGGCCACCACCGUCGCCGCCGCGCCCUCGUCGUCGUCAGCCACCGCGGUCCCGCGGGACGCGCCCGAGGAGGCCCUGGACGCACCCACCGGGGAGUCGAGGCGGACGCUGCGGCUGUACAUCGUGUUCUACUCGAUGUACGGGCACGUGGAGGCGCUGGCGCGUCACGCGGCAGCGGGAGCGGGUGCGGUGGAGGGGGUGGAGGUCGUCCUGCGGCGGGUGCCGGAGACUCUCUCGCCGGAGGUGCUGGAGAAGAUGCAGGCGCCAUCCAAGGACCCCACCGUCCCGGUCAUCUCAGCGCCGGCCGACCUGGAGGAAGCCGACGGGGUGCUGUUCGGGUUCCCGACCAGGUACGGCGCCAUGGCCGCGCAGAUGAAGGCAUUCUUUGACUCCACAGGCUCCCUCUGGGAGAAGCAGAGGCUCGCCGGGAAGCCCGCCGGAUUCUUCGUCAGCACCGGCACCCAGGGCGGCGGCCAGGAGACCACUGCUUGGACGGCAAUCACCCAGCUGGUGCACCACGGGAUGCUGUUUGUUCCCAUCGGCUACACCUUUGGCUUGGGCAUGUUUAACAUGGACGACAUCAGAGGGGGCAGCCCCUAUGGAGCUGGAGUUCUUGCUGGUGACGGUAGCAGGCAGCCCAGCGAGGCGGAACUUGCCCUCGCCGAGCACCAGGGCAAGUACAUGGCCGCCUUCGUCAAGAAGCUCGGCCAGGCCUGA